AUGUUCGGCUCGACGUCUUCCCUCGCUUUCCUCACGCUUGCGUCGCUCGCUACCGCCAGCCCACUACUCCCCACCGAGGACAAGAGGCAAACCGGUAGCGGCCUCCAGGCUCUCCAGGCCUCCAUCACAACCCUGCAGCAGGAGCUCGCCGCGGCAAACAACACUGUUGUCGACUUCAGUGCGGAUGGCAUCAUCGAUGGCCUGACGGGGCUGAUCAAGGUGAACUCGGCCGUCGUGGAGCUCGGAGAUGAUAUCACGGACACCACGGGGAUCGCAAACAGCACUUCAAGGCUGAGCGCACCGGAUUCAACACAGGUCGGCAUUCAGUUCCUGGGCAUCCAGCCUGAUAUCACCACACUGUUGAACAACCUCGCGGCAAAGAAGCCCGACUUCGACAAGGCCGGCCUCAAGAUCCUGGAUGUGAGGAGCUUGAUCAGGGACAGUGUCUCCAUCCAGCAGCAGGGCGCGAAGGAGCUGGGAAGUUCGCUCAUCGCCGCACUAGACCCGUCCCUCGCGGGCAUCGCGCAGCCCAUCAACGACCAGAUCCAGGGCAACUUCACCACGGCCGUCAACGCGUUCCAGGGCCGCGGGGGCGCCAUCAAGAUCCCCACCAAGCUUGUGCCGGCGCUGUCCGACAUCCUCGACGGCCUGGGCCGCGCCCUGGGCAUCAGCGGUGACGACAGCGACGGCAACAGCAAGGGCGGCAAGGGGGCCGCCGUCGACACCAACUCCAACCUGAUGAUGCCCUCGAUCAGCCAGAGCGAUCUGGACCGCCUGGGCCCGGACGAGAACGACUGGUCUGUUGUUCCGUUCCCCGUCGCUGUGGUGCUGAGGAGGUUUGGUUUCGAUAACUAG